GGUUGCAACACCGCCGCGGAGGCAGCAAGAGGAGCUGACAGCGCGGAGCUGGCCCUGCGGUGCGCAAGGAGUCCUAUCGGUUUCUCCCGCCGACGUCUGCGUGAACAGCGGCGUCUGACCCGCCCGGGUUCGGGGAUUUACACAGGCGUGGAGCAAUGCUUGUGGUUCUGCGGCUCUUCAAAGGCCCCUAGAAGCCUGUUCCUCUGCACAGUCCAGGACCUCCAGCCCCAUGGAGCCCCCGAUCCCACAGAGCGCCCCCUUGACUCCCAGCUCAGUCAUGGUCCAGCCCCUACUUGACAGCCGUAUGCCCCACAGCCGCCUCCAGCACCCACUCACCAUCCUCCCCAUCGACCAGAUGAAGACCUGCCACGUGGAGAACGACUACAUAGACAACCCUGGCCUGGUGCCCCCUGUUGGCCCCAAGCGGACCCGGGGCGGGGCCCCAGAGUUGGCCCCGCCGCCUGCCCGCUGUGACCAGGAUGUCACCCACCACUGGAUCUCCUUCAGCGGGCGCCCCAGCUCUGUCAGCAGCAGCAGCAGCACAUCCUCUGACCAGCGGCUCUUAGACCACAUGGCACCGCCGCCUGUGGCUGAUCAGGCCUCCCCGAGGGCUGUGCGCAUCCAGCCCAAGGUGGUCCACUGCAAGCCCCUGGACCUCAAGGGCCCGGCGGUGCCCCCUGAGCUAGACAAGCACUUCUUGUUGUGUGAGGCCUGUGGGAAGUGUAAGUGCAAGGAGUGCGCAUCCCCCCGGACACUGCCCUCCUGCUGGGUCUGCAACCAGGAAUGCCUGUGCUCGGCCCAGACCCUGGUCAACUACGGCACCUGCAUGUGCCUGGUGCAAGGCGUCUUCUACCACUGCACCAACGAGGAUGACGAGGGCUCCUGUGCCGACCACCCGUGCUCCUGCUCGCACUCAAACUGCUGCGCCCGCUGGUCCUUCAUGGGCGCCCUGUCCCUGGUGCUGCCGUGCCUGCUCUGCUACCUGCCGGCCACUGGCUGCGUGAAGCUGGCCCAGCGCGCCUACGACCGCCUGCGCCGCCCUGGGUGCCGCUGCAAGCACACGAACAGCGUCAUCUGCAAGGCGGCCGCCGGGGACGCCAAGGCCAGCAGACCCGACAAGCCCUUCUGACACUUGGGGUCGAAGCCCCCGCGCUCCCCCUGAAAACCUGGUUCCCUUCUGACACCUGAGAAGACCACAGCAAGGCCGGAAGAAGUUUUAGUGUCCCGAGGCCGACCUUGCCGGGCUGCCCACUCCCCACCCUCCGCUUCUGAAGCUGUGGGGACCACCGCUGCCCGCCCUCCCGCCCUCUCUUCCCCGAAGGGAUGAAGAAGCACUUGGGGUUGUGUUUUUGUUUUCUUUUUUCCGGGCCCUGGAACUCUGGCAGGGGCGUGGUGUGGCAGGGAAUGGGGGGCGUUCUUUUUCAGAAGACCCAACACAGAUGGGGGCACAUAUCUGGAAGUUGCAGCUGCUUGAACCGCCUUCCCGGUCCCUCCUCCCCCCUCUCUGCCCGCCCUUCCCUUCUCUUUGGCUGCCUGGGAGGAAUCGUUAACUGCGGGACCAGGGGACCUUUGGAGAAGACCCUUGGAACCCUGACGUCCGUACUGCUCCUCCCCCGCAACCCCAGGUUGCCCCAAUACCUUGGGGAAGGCGAAGACCCUGGCAACCCCUGUUGUAUAUACUUGGGACCCCCCCCCCCCCCCCCACUACGAGCAGAGGCUCAUUCCCCACUCUGCCUCCCUGGAGCUGCAAAUGGAUUUAGGAGCCACUACGCCGUGCAGUUCUCCCUUCCAGCUUCAUCACUAACUCUCGGGGGUGUUCCGCCCAUAACACCGUCCUUCGGUUCUUACCGAGUCACAGACUCACCUGCCACUAUGUGCCCCGAGUUCUCUCUACCCAAAUCCUUUCCAGAAAUUUUAUGGGUAGAGAAGGCCGGGGCGGCACAUGCGAGACCAAAUAUCAUUUUGCCAAUGAGUCUGAGGCUGUGGUCUCUGGAUCCAGUCAUUAUGUUUUUAUAGAACAAUUAAACCAGAUGCUAUAACGGUGUUUUAAAAAAAUAAUAAUGAAACACUUGCUUCCUUUUGGGCCACCCCCCAGGAAGGGCUGAUUUCAAAAUCUGGGGGGCGAGCAACCUCAAGGAACACAAUCCCCCUUCCCACCAAGAAGAGGAUUUUAACAGCAAAGAAGAGAGGCAACACCUGUUGGCAGAGUGACAGAGCCAAGCUGGGUGUGGGCUCCUCUUCUGAGUCUGCUGCUUGCUGUCAUAGCCUUUUGUGUACAGUGGUGUGUCUGUAUCUUUAAUGUAAAUAGACAGAUGAUGAAAAAAGAGUCUAUUUUAGUGUUAGGAAGCCCUAGCGGGGGAGUAAGAGCAAGGGGGGGGUGGGAAUUCUCCAGGGGCUUCUUGGGAUUGAGCCCUGCUUCUGUGUGUGGCCACACCACCCGCCCCCUCCCAACAGCCCCCAAAGACGUAGCAACUCUUUCUCUCAAGGUGCUAAAGGACUCAAAAGUGCAGCACGUCCAGUGGGUAGGUACUUGUUGCAUGCAAAAGCUAUAUUGUGUCUGGUCCUUCCUCCCCAGCUGUUGUGCAGGGGUUUUCGCCUCGUGUGAUAUUCUGUGUGUCGUCCCACCCCACGAGAGGAGGUGGCCUGGGUCAGAAAAGCUACCCCAGGUGAAACUGGAAGUGCAUUAGGCAGACCUUGUGUAGCAUUUCCAGUUUGUUCUGUAGGAACAGAACUGCCUCCAGGAUGGAGGCAAAGAGGCAGGUAGCUGUGAUUGGCAUGCACCCAAUGCUCAAGGACUUUUUUUUCCUUCUUGAAGACUAGUAGUAACAUCUUAUGAUUUAGAAUAAGUUAAUCGUAACCGUAGGUAUUUAUUGAUUGGAGGAAAGGAGGGGAGGGUCUUAUUAUUUUAGGCUUUAUUUAUAUAACAUUUGCUGGCUUGUAAGAAGUAUGAAAUAUUGCAUCUGCGUUUUCUAAGGCUGAUUCAUGUAGCUGCCCUUGCCAUCUUGCACAAAUAGGAGGGAAUGGUAGGAAAAACACAUUCAGCCAACCACUCACUCUUAAUUGAAUGUAUCAGAUGUGUACUGAAGGGGCUGGAGAUGUUUUCCUCGGCGUGCAGAGGUUACCCCCAAAAUGAAGGGCACGCGUCCACUCUUGGCAAGGCCUCAGAACUUUUCCCAGGGCCCCUCUCAAUUGUCUCCAUGGAAAACUUGACCCAGUGGCAAGUUGCACUUUGGUGAUCUUGGUGUUAUACACAUCCGUUCUGUGGAGAAUUGAUUUACAUAAGCUGUGUACACACACACACACACACACACGUACACACAAACACACACACACACACACACUACACACCUACCCCACCGACCCUCUUAUCUACACAGACCCUGUUUCCUGACAAACAGUCUCCUGACCCCUGAUGAACCCUGACUUUGUGUACAUAGUUGUAAACACGGAUUUUUCUGGUUUGGGUUUCCUUUUUUCUUUUUUUCUUCCUCCUGUUUUGCCUUGUUCUUUUUGGUUUGCAUUUAACCUGCUAGAUGGAUGUGUGCCGAGCUCCCAGUGUCCCCUGUGCUCAGUGGUAAAGGGAAGCAGUGAAGCAGCUCUGGUUCUCCCAGCUCUGUUGCAGGGCAAGCCCUCAGCAUGUUUUUCUCAGCUUCUUGGCAAAAAAACAAAACUGGCUUGCCCGUGGGUCCUGGGGGCCAGUCAAGGGCCACUGAGGGACUGAAAUCUCAGAAACACGACACAUUUCUCUGGGUGCUCUGGCUGAUUGUGUUUACAUCGGCAGUAGCUUCCUUGGCUGGAUUAUGCCUCAUUUUAACCUUUUUUUUUUUUUCCCCCCCUAAAGAGCCAGCUAGUUCCCAUUUCUGUUCAGCCUGGGGUGGGUGGUGGUUCUGCCUGGAACUGGGGGUAGGGUCCACAAGCCUGGGUCCAGGACACAUGUCCCAGUAGGUCGUGGCUGCUCCCACCCUGAGGGUGGGUUUGUGAAGGCCCAGCACUCCAAGAAGCACCCUGAGAACUGGCUCUAGGAUAGCCCAAGACCUUCCGGAUGGAUGUCGGGGCGCAACCAAGGCUUCUCACAGUCCCUUGCUGGAAGGAGGUGAAGACCAAUCCCCGCUGCUGGUGUGGGCCCCUUCACAGCCAACAGAAGUGAAAGACCUUCAUGUGACACGUCUAGUUCUUCAGCGCUGUGGAGUCUGCGUGGGUCCCCAAUGUACACUGAGUGGGGCCCAGUUAGAUCGUGACUGGCCCAAGUUUGCACAACAUGGAAGGUAUUGGUCGGGAGCAAACACCCCGUUUCCAUCACCUCGAAGUUUCAUAGUCUCCCCCACUGCCCCAGGAGAUGGCUGAUGGGGUUGGGGCAGCAUGACUUUGCACUGUACAAUUCACUAGGGCAUCUCCCAAGCUUCACCGGCCUUCUGGUUCAUGCCUUCGGUAAGCAUUUCCAUGCCCUCUGCUUACUGUGACAGUUGAUGACAAAUCUUGCGCUGCCAUGUUUGCUGUUGGUAACUCCGUGUGGUGUCUGUCCUACCUUGCUUUCUCUUCUCACAGCCCCCCAGUUUGGUUUCGUGUUACAAACAGAAAAAGCUGUUCUGAGGUUCCCACCCCACCACAUUCCUCCUUCCUGUUCCCUCUUCACUGUAGCCCCGUCUCACCCCACAUCAAAAGUUACCACAGAAGGUUUCCUUUGUAUAGAAUAUUUAUUUUGAAGCUCUAUUUUAAUAGUAUUUAUUUUAGAAAGUCUACUAUUGUAAGAGUUCUUCUGUUUGUGAAGAAAAAAACAAGUUAAAAACUGAAUGUACUGAUCUAGAAAAUAUAUAUAAAUAUAUAUUGUUAAAUAUA